AUGUCUGACGCCAGGCAGCGAACUCUGUCCACCUCCGGAGAGUCUCUGUACCAGGUGCUGGGCCUGGACAAGGGCUGCAGCCAUGACGACAUCAAGAAGUCCUACAGGAAGCUGGCGUUGCGUUACCACCCGGACAAGAACCCGGACAACCCGGAGGCGGCGGAGAAGUUCAAGGAGCUGAACAGCGCCCACGCCGUCCUGUCCGACCUCACCAAGAGGAACAUCUACGACUCGUACGGCUCGCUGGGGCUCUACGUCGCCCAGCAGUUCGGAGAGGACAACGUCAACACCUACUUCAUGCUGUCCACAUGGUGGGCCAAGGGUCUGUUUGCAGUGUGUGGGCUGCUGACCGGCUGUUAUUGCUGCUGUUGUCUCUGCUGCUGCUGUAACUGCUGCUGCGGGAAGCUCAGGCCAACGCCCACUGGCGAGGGGGCGGAGCCAGACAGUUACGUUUCCCCUGACGACCUGGAGGAGGAGCUGCGCAAUGAUGGCGACAAUGAUGGAGACGCCCCGGUCGUUCACCAGCCCACCAACGCCAGCGAGAAAACACAGCUGAUCGGCGACGGCCAACGCAGAUACGGCGACACGUACACCUGA